AUGAUAUCGGCACUGAAAGCUGGACUACACCCUCCUCAUGGUGACCCACGACUGAAAGCGACAUUCGGGCCGAUACGCAUCUUAGCGCUUGACCCACCGAGGGAAUACUCUGUUGGAUAUGCAUCGGACAAUGACUUCGUCCUGAGUGGGAAGUUCGCGCACUACGCGAGCAGAACUCAUUGCAAACUUUACUGGAACGGCGAACAGAUGUCGAUUAUGGAUGCGCAAUCCUUGAACGGGACUUGGGUCAACUGGUGUCGUCUUGCUGACGGUGAAACCCGGACUCUGCACGAUCAGGAUACAGUCACCUUUACCCCUCUCCCUCUCGACGGCAGACUCAAUGCCAGCCGCGAUGGCCUUGAGUACAUUGAUAGCAAGCCGGGCAGAAGGCACGCGCUCGCUUUCAUGUACAAGGAACAUACGUUAGACAACCUCCCCACAACAUUGUCCUCCCCCUCUCGUGCAUUGCGGCGAUCCCUGGAUGAGUUGAAUCGCAUACGCAAAGCUAUACAAGGCGCUCGUAGCUUACGGUCUCGUAAUUGCGCGACGACCACGACGGCCAAUAUACAACCCGCGCGCACGUAUCGAGGCUCUCUGGAUCGGCCGGAACGACCCCAGACACCUUUCUACAUGCCUCCCUUGCCCGUGGAUAUGACGCCUGAACUCCGUGGGCACAAGAAGCUCCGGCUGGCCUCCUUCCUUAUACCAGGACCCGAAGACCCCGAUGGCUUCCCUGCCGACCAUCCCGACAUCAUUUGGCGUCGAGAUGUGAGCUACAAGCACGUACGCGGCACGCGAGCCCCUUCGUUUCAGAUGCAGCAAUGGUCGUGUUUCUACCAUCUUCCCGUGGGCCUCCAUUGCGAUUGGCCCCUAUUCUCCUCCGUCGCUUAUGGAGCUCGGCCUCCGCCGGAUGCGCUACCGCCUCGGGCUCAGCGCGAGGAAGCCUUCGCCAAGUACAGUUGGCCUAAAGACGAGUUUACGAACAAAAACUGCCAUCGCGCUUCCACAAUACCCACUCGUCUCUCUCCCCCACCAUCUUCUCAACACGGCGGCGACGACACAAGACCUGGCCUGUCCUCGCACACCGCCACAAAUGCAACACCUGAGGUACCCCCCGUGCAACGAACGGCACUCGCCUCGCCUUUGACGGUGUUACCCACCUGCACCACCAUCCGGCCCACUUUGAAGCGAUCUCGGAGCCCCGACGAUGCUACGAUUGAUAGACCCGCAAAGCGCGUGGCGGUUUCGCCAACCCCCAGCGCUCAUCCGCGCGUACUAUCUUCGCCUCUCGGGACGUCCCCUUGUCGGCGCUCGCCGCCAUCAGAUCCGCAUGCGCUCUCGACGCGCCCGGUGGCAACGACUCCGAUUUCCCACACUGCGCCUGAUUCGGUCCUUCCAUCACGAAGUGCUCGCGCACGGACGCCCAGUUCAAUGGGCGAUGCACCCUGCAUACCCGAUGCAUCCGGUGCUGCCCUUGUUCAAAGGUCGCAUGCACGCAAGCGAAAGCGCGAAGACGACGCCGACGCCGACGCCGACGCCUCGAACACGGAAGAUGUUGAGAUUUCUUCGGCGCCUGUGGCACCGUUUGCCCAACCUGACGAUGCGCCGUCGCCCGUACCUCGACCUUUCGAUGGUCCAUCUGAUAUACCUCAGCACUCGAUAUCCAGGAAGCGACGUCGCAUCGCUCAACCAUCGGCCCCAAUCCGGCGUUCCCUACGCAUGCGAGAGAAAACAGAGAUGACGAUCCGUAGUUGA